GUACCCAUCGGAUAAGGAAGAAGAGUGAGCUUCUUAUGUUAUGGCAAUAACAGUAGCUAACUGCUGCUUCUCCGCGCUCAGCGCCUCCUUCAAAUCCCGUGACUGCCAUCUUCGUCUCGCUAAUUUCACUUCCACUUCCCUUUCUUGCCUGGACGCCCGCUCUCUUAAAGCCACCAACAAUAAGAAACGAGCUCCCAAGAAAAGCUCCGCCGCAUCUCCGCGUAAAUCCAAUGCCGAGAAACUUCCGGGAAGAUUGAAAGAUGACAAGUCCAGUUUAUAUGCUGAUGGAGGUAGUGGAAAGGGGGGCGCCGGCCGUCCUCAAUCAACAGGUUUUAAAUCAUUUGGUACACAAAGAAAAGAGAAGAAGGAGUUUGAGCUUGAUUCAAGGGAACAACAGGUUGAACCAGGGAAUUUUCAGGAUGCAACCUUUCUCAAUGCUGUGGUGAAGGUUUACUGCACUCAUACUGCACCUGAUUAUUCUCUUCCUUGGCAAAAGCAAAGGCAAUAUACAAGCACCGGAAGUGCUUUCAUGAUUGGGGAUGGGAAGCUCUUAACAAAUGCACAUUGUGUGGAACAUGGUACACAGGUUAAAGUAAAGAGAAGGGGAGAUGAUACCAAAUAUGUUGCUAAGGUUUUAGCUAGAGGUGUUGAUUGUGACAUAGCUUUGCUUUCAGUAGAGAGUGAAGAAUUUUGGAAAGGAGCUGAGCCACUCCGCUUGGGACACUUGCCGCGUCUUCAGGAUGCAGUAACUGUCGUGGGAUAUCCCCUAGGAGGAGACACCAUUUCAGUGACAAAGGGAGUUGUAUCUCGUAUAGAGGUCACUUCAUAUGCCCAUGGCUCAUCUGAUUUGUUGGGCAUUCAAAUUGAUGCUGCAAUAAAUCCUGGUAAUAGUGGUGGUCCUGCAUUCAACGAGCAGGGAGAGUGCAUUGGGGUUGCAUUUCAGGUUUACAGAUCUGAGGAAGCUGAAAAUAUUGGUUAUGUGAUACCAACUACAGUUGUAUCUCAUUUUCUGAAUGAUUAUGAGAGAAAUGGAAAAUAUACAGGUUUCCCUUGCCUUGGUGUAUUGCUGCAGAAGUUGGAGAAUCCAGCACUACGUGUGUGCUUACAAGUUCAGUCUAAUGAGGGUGUGCUUGUUCGAAGAGUGGAACCUACUUCGGAUGCAAAUAAUGUUCUAAAGCAGGGGGAUGUGAUUGUCAGUUUUGAUGAUGUUCAUGUGGGUUCUGAAGGAACAGUUCCAUUCAGAUCAAACGAGCGCAUUGCAUUCCGCUAUCUCAUAAGUCAAAAAUUUGCAGGGGACGUAGCAGAGCUUGGUAUUAUUAGAGCAGGAAAAUUCAUGAAAGUACAAGUAGUAUUAAACCCAAGAGUACACUUGGUUCCCUAUCAUAUUGAUGGAGAUCAACCUUCAUAUCUAAUUAUUGCUGGUUUGGUUUUUACUCCACUUUCAGAACCAUUAAUUGUGGAGGAGUGCGAAGAAUCAAUAGGAUUGAAACUGCUGGCUAAGGCACGGUAUUCUUUGGCAAGGUUCAAAGGGGAACAGAUUGUAAUCCUAUCACAGGUAUUGGCAAAUGAAGUGAACAUUGGAUACGAGGAUAUGGGUAACCAGCAGGUUUUGAAGUUCAAUGGAACUCGAAUAAAGAACAUCCAUCACCUGGCACACCUUGUUGCUUGUUGUCAAGACAAGUAUAUGGUUUUUGAAUUUGAAGACAAUUACCUAGCUGUCUUGGAGAGGGAAGUAGCUGUAGCCGCCUCAGCUUGCAUUCUAAAAGAUUAUGGCAUUCCAUCUGAAAGAUCCGAUGAUCUUUUAGAACCAUAUGUUGAAUCACUUGAAGACAACCAAGCGGCCGAGCACGACUUUGGAGAUAGUCCUGUUUCAAAUUUGGAGAUAGGUUUUGAUGGUCUCCUUUGGGCUUAAUUUAUUAACGGUUUCAAAUCAUAGGUUGGGUAGCAAAGGUCAGACGAUAAAAGAAAAUCGUUGAUUGGAAACCUACGACUGGUUUUGAGAGCAGCGUCAAUUAGCCUUAGCCAAGUCGAAGUUUCAGUGGCUUAUUAGCCUUUAACCCUCAUAUGUGGGGUUGCCUUCAUUUUUUUUAUUUAAAUAAUUCAACUGUAACAUUUUGCCAAGAUUUUUAGAUUUGAUAAAGGGGGCAUAGCAUAACAGG